GCUCCCACAGCUCCUCCCCACCAUGGCUGCUGAGGCUGCUGGGGGUGCUGGCUGGCUGGGAGAGCACUUUGAGGCACAGGCACUGCCUGAGCAAGUCUCACGAGUGGCCUUUCAUGGACCCAGGGCCGCAGAUCUGGCCACAACUGCAGUGUGCACAAUGCCGCCCUGGAGCAUCUCCCCUCCCAUCAGCCAUGCAGGAGCUUCUGCUCCCCGUGGGCAGAGAGCUGCUGGUGCUCAGGUCCUACUGUGCUGCUCCCUCCCAGGAACUGAGCCAGCUGAGAGAGAUCUCCAUCAGCCUCUUCAGAGACCUGAUGAAGAUGGUGGUGGGGAAUGACAAGAGAAAGAUGAAGAACAUGGUGCGACUUGGCCUGCUCCCUCUCUUCUUCCGAAUGAGUGACCAAGUGCAGAGCGUGGCCAAGGUUGCCAGGGAAGCCCUCCUCGGUGCAGCAGAGCUGCUCAGGUGGAAACAGCUUGAAGAUCUGGUGCAGGCACAGCAGAAAUGGAGGAUUGGAGAGAGCUUGCUGGAGCAGGACAGGAGCAGGGCUGAAGAAUACUUGAGUCAGAGCCUGCUGUACCUGGGGGAUGCUCAGGCCAGCUUGCGAGAGGCCGCCUUGAGGUUCAUCGGUGAGUCACAGCCCCCGGGUCCCUCUUUCGGCAGCCUGGCCCCAGUCCCCGCCGCUGCCCUGGCACAAGGAGCAGCCCUGUGGCUGCCAGAGCCCCGGCUGCCCCGUGCAGGGCCUUGGCCUCCCCUCCCAGCCCUGCCCAUGCAGGUGGCCUUGGUGGGCACCUUGCCCGGUGCCACCAUCUCGGCUCCUGCUCUCCCCUGGGCUCAGCCCUGGUGAGGGGAGGGAGCAGGGGCUGAUGGAGCU